AUGGACGCAGUUACUAAGAAGAGCGUUAAAUGCAGCCCCGUUUCGCCGUUCCAGUUCUUCCCCACCACGCCUCAGUGUCCCUCCCUUUCGCCUUCAUCCUCACCAGAGUCUUCUCACGUUACCGCUCUCUCAUACAAGGAUGAUCCCUCUCCGCUAAUCGGCUUGAGCCUCAGCCCGCCUUGCGCCACGUCAGCCCAAAGCGAAGACGACGAUCAUAUUUCUCCCUCUGCUGAAUCGGCAAAAGUCUCGGCUGACGUGUCUUCACACUGGAAGCUUCCUCACACCAAGACAAUCAAGCCGCAACCAUCUCUCGCUCCUGUUCCCGACGCCACAACAACAGAAGCCAAGGCAGCUCCUUCCGUCACGGCACCCUUUCCUCACUUCCCCGCGCCAGCGGCAGCACCUGUCCCUUUCGGCCACAUUCCUCCCUACCCCGCGGCAGCUGCGGCCGGCUGGUGGGCUCCUUUCGCCGCCUUCCCCUCUCACAUGCUGCUCGCCCAUUCAACCGCGACCGGUCAAGCGCAGCAGCAGGCGAUGGGGAUGCAACAGAGGCCUUGGUUUCCCAAUGCGCCGCCGUGGUUCUGCUUUGGUCCGACUCCCUUCCUUUCCACGGCGCGUCCUGCCCUACCAGCCCCUGGUGGUGCCGCUUCGGAUGUCAACAUGGAAAUUAAUAAGAGCCUAAUGGCUGCCAGCAAGCCUUCUCUCUCUUGCGGGGGUGCUUGCAAUCGCGCGUCUUCUUCCAUGGUGACGAAGGCUUCUGUCAAGCGAAGCCCGUCGGCGAAAUUGGCGACGAAGCCAGUGGAGGUGUUACCACGUGAGCGUCUACCGUCGGGAUUUCGCCCGUGGAAGGCUGCGAGCAGGAGCUCUGGGUCGAAUGACACGUCAGCUCUGCUCUCGUCCAAUGGCGCCACGACAACGUGCUCUGCUGCUGUGGAAGCAUGCGCUUCAUCCCGCCGGGCCGUCCCAUUCGCGUUGAAGCCGUGCAGCCAGGGCACGGAGGGUCUUCAAAUAGUCAAGGCGGACGGACAGCCAAUUCGGCCAGCAGCGCAGCAACCAAGGGGCCAGGCGGGCCCGGUCAACGCAGUCAAUACAGUCAACGCAGCCACCGCAAUUAACGCAGAUCGGUCGGGGAGUGGGCAGCACCUGUGCAACGCGUGUGGGCUCUACCUCGCCAAGAAUGACGCCCCACGGCCCUCCGUGCUCUGGAAGAAAGAUUCCCAAGGGGCUCCAGACAACGCCAGCCAUGCGGUUGCUGCCAAGGCUUGA